CUUGGCAGUGCCUUGAUGGCGAUGCACGAAUACAGCACGUCACGGGAGUUCUUCGAGCGAGCGCUGGAGAUCGAUCCCGAGCACGUGAACAGCAUGGUGAACUUGGGAGCACUGUUGGGCCACCUCAACGAUCACAGAGCCGCUGUCAACGUCUACCGGCAAGCGCUUGCUCUGGCUCCUGACAUCCGCGAAGCCGUGCUGCACCUCUACACGGCCAUGCAGGAGCUCGUGGACUGGGACGACCGAGAUAUCAUGUUCGAGCGUGUCCUAAACGCCACCAGAGCUCAGCUGGAGGAAGGGAAAGUGCCGACAGUGAACCCUUACUACUCCCUCCUCUCGCCCUUCGGGCCUGAGAUCAUGCUCAAGAUCGCCUUGUCGCAUGCGCAGCACGCUUACGACAAGGUGUCGAGCCUCCUGGUGGACGCGGACCUGAAGCGAGUCCCGUUGCCCGCGGGGGAGGGGGGAAAGGUGAACGUCGCGUACAUGAUGGCGGACUACAGGCAGCACGUCACCUCUCAUCUCAUCCAGACUGUCUUCGCUCGCCAUGACGCCAGCAAGGUGUCUGCGUUUGCAAUCGCGCUCAACGGGGACGAUGGCGGGUCGUUCAGGAGGAGGAUACGGGAGUCCGUUGGUGGUGAUCGCUUCCUGGAGCUGUAUGGGCAGUCUGACGCAGAAAUCGCAUCGAGGAUCAACCAACUUUCCAUGCACGUCCUGGUCGACAUCGACUACAACAAGGAAAGGCUCACCAUUAUGGCCUUCCGCCCAGCUCUGCUCCAGGUGACGUGGCUGGCACAUCCAGGGACCUCAGGCGCAAAGUUCGUCGACUACAUCGUGCUGGACCAGGUGGUCGCACCGCCCGAACACGCUCAGUUUGUAGCGGAGAGGAUCGUGUACAUGAAACAUCACUACCAGGUCAACGACCACAGGGUCUGCUACCCCUACGACGAGGUCGACAGGAGGGCGCUAAGGAGACAGGAGGGGCUGGAGGAGGACGCGCUGGUAGUUGCCAACUUCAACGGGCUGUACAAGAUCGAGCCGGAGUCGUUCCACAUCUGGAGAGAUGGCAUCUUGCGCUGCAAGGAGAGGGGCAGGGGAGGAGGCAGAGGAGGAGGAGGAGGAGCGAGCGAGCGGACCCCUUGCAAGGUGCAGCUGUGGCUGGUGAGCGAGGGGGAGGAGAGCAACGAGAACAUCCGUAAGGAGGCCGGACCCCUCCUCUCCCCGCUCAUCGUCUUCGCGCAGAGGAGAGAGUUCGAUGCUCAUAUCCGCCGCGCCGCCGCUGCCGACGUCUUCCUCGACAGCUUCACCUACAACGCACAUACGACGGCGGUGGACGCGCUGUGGGGAGGGAUCGCGGUGGUGACGCUGCCGGGGGAGACGAUCGUGUCGAGGGUGGCGACGGGAGUGCUGGGAGGGUUCGGGCCAGGGUCAGAGACAGUGACAAGGACCACAGGAGAGUAUGCAGAGUUGAUAGGGCGCCUGCUGGAGGACCGGAGGAUGCUAGAACGCCUGCGGAAGAGGAUGAUGAUCGGGGGGAGGCAUGGCCUGGAGAGCAGGUGA